AAUUAAAAUUAAGCAUAUAAAUCAUACAACUCCCCCACGUUCACUAAACAAAUUAACCCUUUUGUAUUUCACUUUAAUCAACAUUUCAGCCUUCUACCGGGGAUAAUCAAGAGGAGUUUGAAAGGAAAACAUCCGUAACUAAGAAUGGAUGUUCUAGUCUCAGUCGUUGCAGCAACAAUUAAACCUAUUGGACAUCAAUUAGGUUACCUAGUUUGCUACAACAAAAACAAGAAGGAGCUUCAAGAGCAAAUCGAAAAUCUUGAGACUACUAAAAGGGAUGUAGAUAAAAGGGUUGAGGAAGCAAAAGGCAAGGCGUAUACGGUCUCUGAUGAAGUUUCAAAGUGGCUGACCGAUGUAGAUGGUGCAAUGAUCCAUCAUCAGCUAUCCAGUUCCAACCCAUCAUGCUUUAACUUGGCUCAAAGAUACCGACUAAGUAGAGAAACAAAGAAGAAAGUGAAUUAUAUCCUUCAACUCAUAGAUAAAAGAAACAAGUUUUUGGAAGUUGGAUAUCGUGCACCUCUUGCAGAUACUGAGAAUACCAUUGUUCCUGGAGAUUAUCAAGUUUUGGAGUCAAAAACAUCAUUGGCUAAAGAUAUCAAGAAUGCACUUGCAAAGCCUGAUGUCAAUAAGGUUGGGGUAUAUGGUAUGGGAGGCGUUGGAAAAACUUAUUUGCUCAAUGAAGUUAAGAGAUUGGUGUUGAAAGAGGACGACAAAUCGUUUGAUCGGGUGAUCGACGUGAGUGUAGGUCGAUCUAAUGAUCUAACACAAAUACAAGAACAAAUCGGAGAUCAAUUGAACAUAGAGUUGCCAAAAAGUAAGGAGGGGAGAGCGUCUUUUCUACGAAAUAAUUUGGCGAAAAUGGAAGGUAAUAUCCUCGUUUUAUUAGAUGAUUUGUGGAAGGAAUAUGAUCUUAUAAAAGAGAUUGGGAUUCCAUUAAGUAAAGAAGGAUGUAAGGUACUUAUGACAAGCCGAUCACGAGAUAUAUUAACCAAUAACAUGAAUACACAAGAAUGUUUUCAAGUGAGUUCUCUAACUGAAGAAGAGUCCUGGAAGUUUUUUAAGGCAAUUAUUGGUGAUAAGUUUGAUACAAUUUAUAUGGAAAGCAUUGCAAAGGAGGUUUCAAAAGAAUGUGGAGGGUUACCACUUGCACUUGAUACUAUUGCAAAGGCAUUGAAGGGAAAAGAUAUGCACUAUUGGGAGGAUGCUUUAAGCAAAUUGAAAAAUUCCAUUGGAAUGGAUAUUAAAGGAGUGAGUGACAAAGUUUAUGCUUCACUUAGGUUGAGUUAUGAAUAUUUAGAUGGAGAAGAAACCAAGUUACUAUUUCUUCUUUGUAGCGUAUUUCCAGAUGAUUAUAAGAUUGGUAUGAAAGAUUUACAAAUGUAUGCCAUGGGUAUGAGAUUGUUGAAUAAAGUAAAAACAUGGGAGGAUGCAAAAAAUAGGGUAAUGAAGUUGGUUCAUGAUCUAAUAUCGUCUUCUUUAUUUCUCGAAGCCGACAGCGAUUCAAAAGACAAAUAUGUUAAAAUGCACGACGUGGUUCGUGAUGUUGCCAUACACAUUGCAUCAAAUGAAGGCAACAUGUCUACAUUGAACAUUGGAUAUAAACUUAAUGAAUGGGAAGAUGAGUAUAGAAGUGGUUCUCAUCGUGCCAUCUUUGCAAAUUGUGAUAACUUAAACAACCUUCCCCCAAAGAUGAAGUUUCCACAACUUGAGUUGUUAAUAUUAAGAGUUUCUAAUUGGUUGGUGGAAAAUAAUCUUCAAAUUCCAUAUGCAUUUUUUGAAGGAAUGGAAAAGCUUAAGGUUUUGGACAUGACGGGGAUGUGUUUCCACCGACCGUUAUGGACGACAUCAUCGUUAAACAACCUUCGAACAUUAUGUAUGGUAUGUUGUGAAUUUAAUGAUAUCGAUACAAUUGGCGAGCUAAAGAAAUUAGAAAUUUUGAGAAUCAUGAAGUGUAAUAUGCUAGAUCAUUUACCUACAACUAUGAGUCAAUUGACACACCUUAAGGUACUAGAAGUGUUAAAUUGCUCUAAAUUGGAGGUGGUUCCUGCAAAUAUUUUUUCAAGUAUGACAAAACUAGAAGAGUUGAAAUUACAAGAUAGCUUUUGCAGAUGGGGAGAAGAAGUAUGGUACAAAGAUGAAUUGAUUAAGAAUGUCAAACUUUCAGAAUUGAAUUAUCUGCCACGUCUUUCAAAUUUAUGUUUAGAAAGUUGGAAAGUUAAGAUUCUAUCCGAAAUAAGUUCACAAACUUGUAAGAACUUAAAAGAAUUUUGGAUUUGUAGUAAUGAGUCAGAUGAUAUUAUUCAACCCAAAGUUUCUAAUGAAUAUGCAACAACCUUGAUGCUUAAUAUUGAAUCCCAAAUUGGUUCAAUUGAUGGAGGACUUGAAAUACUAUUGCAAAGAAGUGAGAGGUUGAUUGUAAGUGAUUCAAUGGGUAAUUUUGUAAAUGGCAUUUUCAAACCAAAUGGAAAUGGUUUUCCUCUUUUGAAGUAUCUAUGGAUUAUUGAUGAACAUAGUAAUUCAGAAAUGCCACAUUUGAUUGGAAGUGAUUUCACUUCUUUAAAGUAUUUGAUUCUUUAUGGAAUGAGGAGAUUGGAGAAUAUUGUUCCAAAGCAUAUUACAAUAAGUCCUUUCAAGAAGCUUAAAACUAUAGCAAUUCAAUUUUGUGGGCAGCUAAGGAAUCUUUUCUCAUUCUCUAUUUUUAAAGGGCUUUCAGAUCUUCAAGAGAUUGAGGUGAUUAACUGUGGUAUGAUGGACGAGAUUAUAUUCAUGGAAAUUGAAGAUCAACCCAACAUUUGUACUACUCCUUUAGCUUCUUUAAUACUUGAAAAUGUGGAUAAACUUUCAAGUUUUUGUACCAAAGGAUUAAUCCAAGAAAGUCCACAAAGUAUCCUUCCCUUUUUUGAUCAGCAGGUUUUAUUUCCCGAAUUGAAUGAUUUAUCAAUUAUCGGAAGCAAAAAUUUGGAGACGUUAUGGCAUAAAAAUAAUGAGCCAACUACAAAUUCUUUUUGCAAACUCCAAUCAAUUAGAAUUGAAAUGUGCACCAAAAUAAGAUGCAUGUUUCCUUCGAACAUGGUGACAUCACUUGUUUCUUUAGAUACAAUAGAAAUUACUUCUUGUGCGUCAUUAAAGAGAAUCUUUGAAAUUGAAAAGGAGAGUUUUGGUGACACAAAAGUAGCAUGGUCCUUGAGGGAGUUACAUUUACUCAAUCUACCAAAUCUAAAACACGUGUGGCGAAAAGAUGUCAUUGAGUUCAUGAAAUUUCCAAGUCUAAAGAGAGUGAAAAUUCAUGGUUGUACCAAGCUGGCACACAUAUGGAAGGAGAACACUAAAAUGACCACAAGCUUUGAUAGCUUGGAAAGCAUUGAAGUAGAAAGAUGUGAGAAUUUGAAGUAUUUACUGCCAUCAUCAAUCACGUUCUUAAACUUGAAUGAACUUCACGUCAAGGAAUGCAAUGGAAUGAUGAAUUUGUUUAGCUCUACUGUGGCAAAAAACCUAGUGAAUCUCAGAUCCAUUGAAGUGUCUUAUUGUGAAGGAAUGAGUUGCAUAGUUGAAGCAAAAGAAGAAAAUGAUGAAAGUGUUAUUUUCAAGAAAUUGGGUAAGCUGGAAUUUGAUUGUUUACCACGAUUGGAUAGCUUUUACUCUGGAAAAUGCAUGCUUGAGUUUCCAAGUUUGGAGAGUUUGGUCAUAAAAAGAUGCCCUAAAAUGAAGACAUUUUCACUUGGAGUAAUAAUGACACCUGAAUUGCAAUCCAUGUGGGUGGAAGAUACAGAAUUUGAAGUAUCAUCAACAACGAAUAGUGUAAAUAGAACCAUCCAAAACUUCCGACCAUGAAUUAUAUGUAUGCUGCCAGUGUCUCAUUAGAUAUGAAGAGGAAGAUUGUGCAGAUUCUGAUUAUGAAGAUGAUUCUAUCAUUUGAAGAUGGCUCUUGAGUUUUCGACAAGCUAUUGGAGUUCGAUAUUUGCCAUCAGUCACUAUAGGUUGCAUACCUUUGGGUGUACAUUACUUAUAGAAGUAUAUUUAUACUAAGAGUUGCUAGCGGAUUUUAAACGACCUUGUAAUUGAAUAUUAUGUUGAUUUGUAAAUAGGGAGUAUAUGUUUUUCACAAGUGCUUUCUUAUGUUGGUUUGAAUUUUUUAAUUGAUUGUUGAUUUGUGUUUGAUAAGGCUUUGUAAUA